AUGACGCCAUCAGCCCGCUCCCUCAAUGCACAGGUCGACGACCAGAGCUCCCUCCUUGCGCCUACAACGAGUAGAGAUGGCCGCUCAAUGUCGUCGGCCGGCCUCGCUAGCUCGCGGAGCGGCCAGCCUUCAUACGCCUCAUACACGACGGCCACUACCGGCCCAGGUAGCUUCAACACGGCCGUGGUACGGCCGUCGACGGCACAGGAGGGUCGAAUACGCCCCGAUUUCGACAUGCACGCUAUAACAAUCGCCGAGAACGACGGAUUGACAACCGAGCAGCGGCAGGCAGAGCUGCAGGAUCAGAUUGAGAAAGAGACCAAGAUCAAGAUUGGGUCCGAGAACCUUUUGGAGGCGUUGAACGCAAAAAAUGCAAAAGACAGCAAGAACCAGAGGCUGCAAGUCGAGGAGCAGCUCAACAUAUCAAACAGAAAACUCGCACAACUGCAGGCCGGGUUGGCUGCAGAGAAACAGAGAGCAAAGGAGGUCAAAUCCCCGCCAGCGGAUCCCCAGAGCAGACUAUCCUACCUCUUUCGUCGAAACAUAUCCCGCUCGCCGUCACGGCAUGUCGUACCGAAAUCAGAAGGAGAGGAAGAGGAAACGGAAUCACCGACUUUUGUGCUGGCUGAGAUACUACAGGCUCUAGAAGUCCAGGGCAUGCAACCGGAAUACUAUGUAGAGAGAGCAAACUCUUUGGUCCUCCUCUUCAAGCGACAUCCUACGUUGAAGUACGACCUAGCUUGGUCUAUAUUCGGACUACGAAUGCAAACCAUGCUCUUAAGCGACAGCCGGGAAGUUGUCGCAGCGGCGUACCGUGUCAUGCGCUAUUCCUUCACCGACCGCAAAUCUCUCCGAAUUGUACGCGCCCUUCAUACUGAUCACCUGGUCAUUCUUUCAUUGAUAAAGGAGUCCAAAGCUAGCGUGGAGCGCGAGCAGGCAUUGAAGUUUGUCCGAGCAUUUCUAGAUGUAAAGGGAGGUGUCGAGGAAAUCGCUCGUGCUGUGGUCCGCAUCAUUGUCGCUGUAGCCGAACAUGCAGAGGACCGUCUCAGGAAUAUCGCGACUCUGACAUUGGCCGAAAUUCUCGUUAGGAAGCCAUCUCUCCUAGUUGCAGCUGGUGGUAUGGGUGCUUUGGCAGAUGCUCUGGGAGAAGGAAGCUAUCACGCCGCAGAGAGCGUUGGCACGUCUUUCCUCUACCUAUUAGAUACGCCUAGGCGGCGUCGUUUCUUGCGUUCUGGGCGAGAACUAGAAGCUCCAUUUGCAAUGUUCACUGACGCAGGGGUUAUACAUGGGCAUCAGCACGAAGAAAAGCUCAAAGUCAACGCCAAGGUUAUCGCGUCCUUGCUCAGAAGUUGGGCUGGAUUACUAACCCUCUCGAUGAACGAUUUCCUCCCUCUCCGAUCCUUGCUUUGGUCACUACAGAUACCGACCCCACAUGUUCGAAACAUCAUCUUGGAACUAUUGUUCGAUCUUCUCAGAAUCAAACCUCCCUCAUGGUCCUCGUCAUUCCUGGCUGGUCGGCGAUUGACUACCUAUGGCCGUGUCACAAACCUAAAAAACCAGCAGAUCAAAGAAGCGUCUGCUUCCAGCGCAACCGAUGAUGACACCACCAAGUGGAGUCUGUUAGACCAUUACGUCUCAGUUGUCCUGGCCGCCUUUCUGCACGCUGGUCUGAUGCCAGCAUUGUUACAAGCUGAAGAGGAGCCUUUGACACUGCCCUUGAAGCGCAAAACGACUUUGCUUAUUGGAGAGGUCCUAAAAAUGGCAAACGAGCUUUUGCCACCAGCAUGGAGCGCACAGCUUCAGGUGCUUCCACAACUCCUGCACUCGGCUGCAAGGUUCCAAUCCGAAGACCGGUUUGUUGCCAUCGGCACCAUAUACCAAGUCGACAGUAUCAACAGGACUCUCUACCGUUCCGGACCCACUUCUCUCUACACUACCAAGAGUACUACAACUUCAGAUGAUACCUCAACAACCCGACAGACGGAUCAUGCGGCGAAGCUACAAGCUGCCAUGCAGGUAGAUGAAGCCCAUUUCCGAAAUCUGAUGGUCGAGACACAAGUAUUGAAUACAGUUACAUUCCAGAAAUGGAGAUGGGAUCUGAUUCUCAACAUUAUUGAAGGCCCUUUGCUGAACCCUAAACGCUUGGAUGAAGCUAUCAAAGUGACCAAGUUCGUCCAUCGCGUUCUGGGCUUCUACCGUCCAUUCAAGUAUCGUUUCUCCGAGGUCAAAAACACGAAGCCCAAUCAGCGUUAUGUCCGAGCCGGCUGUGCGCUGAUGCAGAGCCUUUUGCAAAACCCCGAAGGUGUCAAGUACUUGGCUGAAAGCAAAUUCAUCAGACAGCUGGCCGAGUGCUUGUCGCAUUUCGACCGGAUGAGCGGCUUGACCUCUGAAUCGCCCAUCUUCCAGACGGAUCGGAUGAAUGAAACACUGACUGGUGGCUACUUUGCACUAUUGGGUGCCCUAACCAAAGAUUCACGCGGGAUUCACAUUCUGGAAAGAUGGAGAGUCAUCAAUAUGUUCUACCAUAUUAUCGAGCUCAACGACCGCGACGAUUUGAUCCGGACCCUUCUAAGCAACAUGGACUACACAUUGGACGGCCAUCUACGCAUCAUCAUUUCCAAAGCCUUGACGUCAUGCUCUAAGGAGAUCCGUAUAUUCGCAACCAGACUGUUGCGCAAAUAUGCAACAAAGCCGAUGGAUUUGAACGAAUCCGUUGGUGUUGCGGAAUGGGCCAUCAGGCUACUUGUGACACAGCUUUACGACCCAGAUGUGGAGGUCUGCGAGGUUGCAAUCAAGAUUCUCGAAGAGGCUUGCAACCAAAAAGAGUCUUUGGAGUUUGUUGUGAAAUGCCGUCCGGCGUUAGACCAUUUGGGUGAAAUUGGUGCUCCGCUGUUACUUCGAUUCCUUUCAACUUCGGUAGGCUACCACUAUCUGAAUGGAUUGGAUUACAUCACGAGAGAAAUGGAUGACUGGUUCUUGGGGAGGAACGACACUUACGUGGCUUUGAUCGAGGCCUCCAUGGCCCGCGCCCUUGCAGACAUACCCGAGAAGCCGUCGACUCAACUGACCUUUGACGACACACCCGAACCCACAGAUUACGGCCUUGUACCACCGCAUUUCUACCGGGAGCUGACCCGGACCAAGGAAGGGUGCAAGCUACUCAAGCAAAAGGGGCAUUUUGACGAGUUCGCAGCCACGAUCCGCGACUUUGCAUCUGAGAACGACGAUCCAGAGAUUAUACUCAAAGUCAAGGGUUGCUUAUGGGCCGUCGGCAAUGUCGGCUCCAUGGAACUGGGUGCGCCAUUCCUUGAAAAUUCGGAUGUCGUCAAGUGGAUUGUACAGAUUGCGGAACAAUCAGAAGUCAUGUCGCUCAGAGGAACAGCCUUCUACGUCCUAGGCUUGAUUUCUCGCAGUACUCAUGGUCAAGAGAUCUUGUUGGAGUAUGGUUGGGACGGCGUUGUCAACGACUCCGGAGAGGCGCUAGGGUUUAGCCUGCCAUUGGAGUUCAACAAGCUCUUUGCGAUGGCGCCAUGGACCGCUCCCGCAGAGGAGAUGAGCUGGAACCCGAAUGCAAAGAUUACCGUUGCUGUCACGGAUAAUGACCCAGUCAAUGCACGGAUAUUGAAGCUCGCAACCGACUUGGGUAACACGGUGCUUGCCAAGAAGGCGGCAACUGACUUGCAGGCAAUCAAAGCUAGAAAGGCACCCGGAUUCAGCAAACCAGCCAUCUUCCACAAGGUGAUGCAGAUACUGGAAGCGCAUCACUUCCGUCUCCCAGCGUGUCGGUUCAUGCUGGAUCUGUUCGACAAGCGGGUUCUUGAACAGAUUGUGCUAGAAGAGGAAGACGACGAGGAGGAAGAGUCAAACAGCGCGUCCGAAGACAAGUCGGACGCUGAGCAACUGGGCAGCAUGAAUGGUGCAUUUAAGCCAGUGUGAACUGGUGUUCAUGGGAAUACGAGACCGGAAAAUCGGCAAUGGGCGUUGAGGAGCGUUAUGUACAGGGAUGCCAAUGUACGAUAGGCGUGUCAGCGGAGUCGAGCCAAAAGGGUGGAUGACUUUUGUUUUGCAUAUGGAGUUCCCCGGUACAGGUGGUAGAGCAUGCCAAGGAGGGACAUGUGCACUAGCGUAGCGCUUCUUCCGGUUUAUUUCGGGCAAAGGCUGGCGGGACGAUAGGGCAGACGGCGCUAUAUUCAGGGACGACGACACAAGUUAGUAGAUGAAUGCAAAAGUGGUGGCAGCGCA